CUGAUUUUUUUUAUAACGGUGUGGCUGUGUAUUUUGCAAAUAGAAAAAAAGAUAAUACGGUGUGCUAUAUUAAACCUAUAGGUCGGCUCGGAUAUAUCGAAUUCGACAAGAUGAAGAUGAACAAGUUUGUUACAAGUUCAAAGCGUAAAGUACGUCAACGGUACUUCGCCGCUCCGUCUCAUAUUAGAAGGAAGCUCAUGUCUGCACCUCUUUCCAAAGAGCUCAGGCAGAAGUACAACGUUAAAAGGAUGCCGAUAAGGAAAGACGACGAAGUGCAAGUCAUUCGCGGCCAUUACAAAGGGCAGACAGUCGGAAAGGUUCUCCAGGUUUACAGAAAAAAAUAUAUCAUACAUAUCGAACGCGUCCAGAGAGAAAAAGCGAACGGGGCGAGUGUCCCCGUCGGUAUCCAUCCUUCAAAGACUGUCAUCGUCAAGCUGAAAAUAGACAAAGACAGGAAAGCCCAAUUGGAUAGAAGAGCCAAUGGACGUCAAUCCGCCCUUGAGAAAAAUAAGGGAAAAUACUGCGAAGAUGCUGUGGAAAAAUAAUUUUAUUCUCCCCCCUCCCAACAAAGCCUAAUAAUACAAGCGGAUAUUUUAAAAUA